GACAUCAGAGCAGGGAAGAGUAUAAACACCAGCAGGACCUUCCUCAGAGACUGUGAAAACUGCAAACACACCAGAGAGACAGGGGAGUGAUGUGCUGAAGUGUCAAGGAGAAGAGCAGCAUGAGAAUCCACCUGGAGACACAGCUUCUCCUGUUCUCCCUUUUUUGCAUCUUCUCCAAGGUCUGUGCUCAGCUGUGCCGGAGACCAUGCUUCUGCCCCUGGAUCCCACCUCAUUGUCCUCCUGGGUCCCCUCUGGUUCUGGAUGGCUGUGGCUGUUGCAGGAUAUGUGCCCGGCGGCUGGGAGAGGCCUGUGACCUCGUUCACGUGUGUGAUCAGAGCCAAGGCCUCGUCUGUGAUUACAGUGCUGCCCACAUAGGGAGAGGAGGAACCUGCAACUUUGAGGAGGGAGACGACAGCUGUGAGGUGAAUGGGAGGGUCUAUCGAGAUGGGGAGGUGUUCCAGCCCAACUGCAAACUCCAGUGUCGCUGCACGGAUGGAAGUUUCACCUGCAUCCCUCUCUGCAAUGAGGAUGUCCGUCUGCCCACUCCCGACUGUCCCUACCCAAGGCGUGUGGAAGUCCCAGGGAAGUGCUGUCAGGAGUGGAUUUGUGAGACAUAUGACAGAUACCUCCUUCAAGAUGCAAUGGCAGGGCAUAUGGUGCCUGGGAUAGCAUCGGCAAAUUUCCCUAGGCACUGUGAAGAAUGGAGCACAGAGUGGAGUGCCUGCUCUGCCACCUGUGGCAUGGGAUUUGCGACGCGAGUGUCAAACCAGAAUCGAUACUGCAGACUUGAGACACAGAGACGUUUGUGCAUGCUCAGACCUUGUCAGGGUUUCCCAGGGACAGCCAGCAUGAGGGGAAGAGGAAGUCGUUUGUAGCCCCAUCUGCUCCAUUCAGGUUUUGGUAUCAAGGCUCCAUCCCAGCAGCCAGUCUGACACAAGCCCAUAUCGCUAUGAUUUCAGUACAGCUGGCUGUCAUAUCACCUAGGAAACUAGAGAAGAACUGACUGACUUCAGCUGCAAGGGAGGAGGAAGAAUUGUGAACAAGAUCCCUGUUGUGCCCAGAGUCUGUUCCCUUCCUUGUGCCCGCUACAGUUUCCCUAGGCAAUGUUAUUAAGGGAGAACCAGCCCCGGGUAUUGUAUACUGUACAGUGGCAACAUGCUUAUGACCAGCUUGUGCCCCACUAUUGUAACACGGCCCUUGGAAACAACACUUUGUGACUACUGUGACUGGCCAAAUUGUUCAUCAUCCCUGUGGUGGGAGAGUAAUCAUAAUGGCCUGGCAGCCAGGGGGCUGCUGUUUCUCAAAAUAGGUAGGUAAUAUUAUGCGGUUGUGCAGGUUUUGGGGGAGCCCUGGGUGAGAGGGGCCUCAUGGAGGUGUCAGUUCCACAGCUGAGCUAUUGCCGUGAUAAGUGAGGCAAAGAGUACACAGGAGCAUGAAUUCAAGACCCUGGGCUAGAUCCAUUGUCCCUUGAAGGCAGUGAGAAGUUUCCAGUUGAUUUCAGUGGGCUUGGAAUCACAGGCCACAAGUGCUGUAGGGUACAGUCUCUGGACAUGGAUUAUUUAAGGUUAGCAGGUCUCAGGCUCCCCUUCUGGGCUGGUGCAGCAGAGAAGAGUGAACCUGGCAAUAGCCUGGGCCCUGAGCUAGCUAUCGGCCCUUUGCCUUAGCAGCUGUGAAAAUGACUGUUACAGCCAUGAACCUCUUUUCCUUAAGCAUGGAUGUCUGGCAAGAGCAGGGGAUCAACACUGAACCUUUGCGUGGGGCCCCCAAAGAUAAAUCCUGUCCCUGGUCUCCUCUGUCUGUAUCAGGUUCCCAUACAGACUGCCCAGCUAUUGCUACUGGCCAUGACGAUAUCUAGCUUGGAUUAUGCCAGCCAUGAGCCCUGCAGUUUGGCAGCUGGUUCCAAGCUCUGCAGCAGUCUCCACCAUAGCACUGAUGCUUCAGGCCUUUGUGACUGGUACAGUAGGAUGUCUCCCUCCAUCUUGGGAUGAGCCUCUCUGCUGGGUAGUGGUGCAUAUACCACUACCUGCCCUUCAUGCAAGUGUGCACAUGCCAACUUUCCACAGAGCUUUGGCUUCUCAUUGCUCUGAGACAGGUGUAAGCCCAGCACCAAAAGCAGGAGAGUUGGAUGGAAGCAAUCAUUACCAUUGGGCAGAGUCUGGGUCACAAUGUGGUAAACUAGCACAGUCUCCCACAAAUGUGUGGGAACUCUUAUGCUAAAGCAUUCAUUAAAUGACAAAAGAAAACAAAAAAUAAGUUUGGCCAUCCAGAUCCCCACUCCAAAUGCCACCUGCAAAAAGGGGAAUGUUCCUUUCCAAGACAUGGGGAUGAUUUCAUGGUAUGUUUUUUAUUGGCCAGACAUUUAAAGGCCCAAUAAAGCUCAGACCAAAUUCCUGAGAUAUGUACCCAAUGGAAAUGAUGUGCAUAUAAGUAUGGGCUGCAUCAGAAAAUCUAGGCCUGGUAUUAAUGUUCCUUCUUUCACCUUCACAUAUGCAGCUGUGUUUUGGUUUAAUCUGAUAGCUAACACCAAGACACUGGGCACGUCUACACAGCCAGCUGCGCAGUUGUCACUGAGAGCAGUUGUUUAGUACGUUCUUUAGGUAAAACAAGUACUAAAAGACUGUGCAGUUACCACCAUUACUGUGCAGUCCUGGUGGUGCACAGGUCAUUUCUGACCCUACUCUGCAGAAGCACUGGCAUCACAGUUCAUGCCCGCUGAUGCUACAUCACUGUAGCCUGUUGCUACAGUGACAUAGUGUCUUGUGUAGAUGCACUGACUGUCCACAGCUUUAGAACAAACACUGUAGGAAUUCUGCACUGACCCUCAAGGAAAAGACUAGCUGGAAUAGACUUAAUGCCAUAGGUUUUCUCACAUUUGACUUGUCUGGGACUCUGGUUCACAGGCAAUCAGUUCUUUCUUCUAUAUUUAGCUACUGCCACAAAUAAGCAUAUGUGCAAAUUGUUCCUACAUAGGGAACCUCCUUCUGGCAGUUCUAAUUCACCACCCUUUCUCUGGACGUGGAUCCCUCCAAAAUUAACAAAAAGGCUCCUCUCCAACAUAAAGCAUUGUCUCAACUUCACCUAACUCCUUCUGCAACCAGUAGCUUGGCAAAUCCUUCAAGCAGGAAAACAAGGAACUUGCACACAGGAGACAACACUACUAUCAAAGCACAAAAACCUAGAGUCUGAGGCCAGACACAGGCAGCAAAACAUCAAAAAGCUGCACAGAUUGAAGGGGUUGGCGUCCAACACACAUGGGCAGCCCAAGAGGGAUUUUGCAGUUCUGGUUUUAUUUACUGACAGUGACAAGCCUUUAGGGUUAUUCAAAAAUGAAGUUUAAAUGCCCUCUAAUGGCCUCUAUUUAAAUUUGCAAUGACAAUGCAUGUCCUCAGCCCACAAAUUGAAGUGAACUACAGCUAGAAUGGAGCAAUGUUUUAGAGUAUAAGCUGGGCAAUAUCUGGCAAUUUUAGAUUUGUAUUAAUGAAUUUAAAAAUUAAAAACAAUGUGC